CCGGAUCCCUGUACGUACGGUGGAGCUCAGAUGCUUUGCAGUAAUGAUUGUCCCUACCACGUGAUGAAACAGUGAGAUGAAGAUACAUCUUGCCUGCUCAGUGUCUGACCCGCUCUCAUUACCCAGUACUCUUCCAAGGAUUUCCUAAUGGUUGAGUCAGACGAUGAAUUCACUGAAUUAUGUACCAAACUCUUGAAACGGGUUAAAAAGAGCAAGCCAUUAGAUGGCCAGAGCGUUUCCACAGCCAGCACUACAGGCAAGAGCAAGUUCAAAAAGCCCAAACCUUCCAGGGCCAAAAGCAAGACGAGUAAUGGGGUCAGUAAGGCGGCGGAACAGAACAUCAAAGCAGGAGAUGGACCGGAGAAUAUUAGCAAUGAGGAUCAUGCAGGAAGCACUGUGCAGACCCACCUGUCCAAUGGGCAGACAGAGAAAGAUUGCAGUGGUAGAGAGUCUCAUGAAGAGACCGCUGGACAGGAGGACGAACCACGUGUGAAAGAUCUUGUCUUGGAAAGGAUGCAGCAGUAUAAGAGGACAUCCCCUGUCCGAAUGAAGCUGAAUUCCUUGGAGGCCAUUGGGGAACAGGUGGAUGCAGAUGUUCGUAUGGAUAGGGAUCUGGCUAUGGCUCUGCAAAUGGACCUUAAGAAGCCGUCAACUGGCCUAGAAGAGGCAGGACUUUUCUUCUGUCAGCUGUGCCAGAAAGACCUCACUGCCAUGAGCAGCAUUCUGCGGGAACAGCACGUCAACAGGUGUCUGGACCAGAGUGAGAGCUUCCAAGGUAAUUCUGCUGUGCCGGUGGUUCCUGGUUGUCCAUUAUGUGGGAAGCCCUUCACCACAGAGAAGGCCCGUGCUUCCCACCUGAAGCGUUGCGCUGCCAAGCUGGAGGUUCCUGCACAGACGCUACUGCAAGCUGUUCAGAGACAGGCAGCUGAGACGGCCACAGACGUACCAACAGGGGCGGCCCAGGUAAAGAGGAAAGGGGUACCAAAGAAGAAGGAGCCCUCCAAGAAAAGGAAGGUAGCACAGACUGAAGCAGAAAGGGAAGAUUUGAUGGUUGCGAUGGCGCUAUCACGUUCUCUGCAAGAGGAGAAACCUUCACCAAACCCUGGGUGUGCCCAGCGCGCAAGAAAGAUCGGCCCGUCAGCUGUCUGUGUUUCAGAAAAGAAAAGUCGCCGGAAAAAGAAGGACAAACCGCCUCCUGUCCUGCUGGUCCAGGCCCCAGAAGAGGCUGUGCAGAAGCUUCAGAGGAGGCUGUCUUUACUGCUGAGUGAGCAAUCUGGGGAGAACAAUCUUAUAACACUGCCUGCCAGCAGCUUCUGGAACAUGCAGGAGGAAGAAAGAGAAACCUUCAGAAUGUGUGCUGGAAAGAAUUGUGUCCUUUGGGAUAUCAGCAACAUGAUGGAGAACAGAGAUACAGUCAGCUACUAUACACCAGAGCUAAAUCCUCCAAUAACUCCAUGGAAGCCUCUCUCAAAGAAGGUACUAAACUCACAGCCACGUGCGGUUACUCCUACUACUCCCAAUCUACCUGCGGGAAUGCCAGAAAGCCAAAGGCUCGAAGACAAAGCUGCUUCUCCUGCCACCCCCUUUAAGGAUCAGAAGCCACUCUCUGACAGCCAGAAGGACAGACAAGCUUUGCUGGACCUGGCAGAGCUAGCCGGAGAAGGCAUGACUCUGACUCAGUGGAACUAUGCACCCAGCAAAGCCAGCAACCAAACAGGUCGAGAGUCACCACUCAGUAUUGUGUGCAGUGGAUUCAUUCCCUCAAAAGAAGAAGUGACCAGAAAAGAGAGCAAGAUCCCUGAUACUAACAAAAAUGCAGUCAUGACUCUGAUGGCAGAUUUCCUGGAGAUGGUGAAUAAUCCUCAUCUGAGUGAUGCUCAGCUGCAGACAGACUGCGGAGAGGUGCUAAAUGUGCACAUGUUUGUGUUGUAUGCUCGCUGUCCCCUGCUUGUGGAGGCGAUACACUCCGAAGGAUUCUAUGUAGAUGAAGGCAGCACUGGGCGCGUGAGACGUUUUCUGCUCACUGAUGUGUCUGCUGAAGCUGCUCUCUGUUUUCUCCGAUUUUUGUACUCUGCCAAGACGGACAUCCCCAGCCACUGCCUAAUACAUGUUUGUGAACUGGCUCGUAGAUUUGGAGUGAAAAGUCUCUUGGACACCUGUGAGAUUUUAGUGGGCAUGCCACAUGGUUUAGAAGAUGUGUCACCUGCAGAAGAAGAGGAAGAUGAGGAUGAUGGAGGAGAAAGAGAAGAACAUUUCCUGGAGUUAUUGAAGUCUAUGUGGAUGGAUGAGAAUGAAGAUCCCUUUGCAGACCAGGAGGUGACAGAAGGACUUGGGGAAGAGGAGAAAGUUGAUGAUGGACGGGUUGAGGAGGUGGAUUUGGAGGAAAUCUAUGAAUUCGCAGCCACUCAGCGCAGAAUGCCAGAAGAACAGAUUACAGAAGCUGAAAGUAGUAGUGAACUUGAAGUUGGAUAUCAAGACAGGGAGUCUGAAGACCAAUCUCCUUCGAACAGAAGCCAGGCUGCUGGAGAACAGCCUAUGGAUAUAGUAAAUCAACAGUCUUUGGAUUAUCACACAAAAAGCUUUAUAAAAAACAGUUCUUUAACAUUGUCUCCUGUCCAAAAGGAUGUCGCAUGUUCUCCGCAAAAGAAAUCACCUGCUUGUAUUCACUCUAACAGCCUUGAGUCUUCUCCUGCAGUACCUCUCUUAGCUUCUCUGACCAAAUCUCAGCCAACUGCUGUCCACUGUGCUUCCCCUGUUCAGUCACCCUCUAGAAGGCAUAGUUCCACAGCUAACUCUCCAGCUUGUCAACUCUUUACCACAUGUUCUAAGCCAUCGGAAGGUCCCUCAGCUGAGCUCACUGAACCCUCUACUGCAGCUGUCCACACCAUUUCACUCAUAUCCCCAGACAGAGAGGAAGAUCCUGAAGCAGACUUGUUCACCCAACACAGCCCCGCACCUCUUAAUGAUAGUUAUGACCGUAUAUUUUCAGAGACUUGUGGCGAAUAUGUAGAACCUUCUGGACUUUGUGAAUCAAGCUCCCGCGUGCGUGUAGACGCUUCUUACCAUGAGCCACCGCUACUUACAAGCUCACCUUCUGUCAUUCAGCGUCCUACUCUUCCAGAACUUGGAUCUUCACCUAACAUCCAGCCUCACACACGGCCCUUUUCAGGACAGUCCUUUUUUGCAGCUCCUGAGAAUGGAAAUUCCCCAAUCUCCAUUUGUAUAGGUCCUAAAUAUAGUGAGCCUACCCAGAAUUCUAGCAAGGUUUCUUCUACAGCAGUGUCCCUGGAACAAGACAUUAUCUUGAUCUUGUCAUCUGAUGAAGAAACAGAGGGCAGUGCUCAAACUGCAGAAGUUAAAGCAAAGUGCAAUCUUUCUGGCAUAUUCACUGGUAUUAAAGAAUCUCCUGCUAGCUUCAGUAUUAGGAAAAACAGUGAAGGACAUUCACUCCUGGAUAAAAGCAGCAGUUCUGAGAUGUCUUGGUUGGUACCUGCUACUCCAAUGCCACAUUUAACAGGGACCAGAAUUUCCCUGCUCCAAACAUCACAUAUACCUCAGUCACCCAAAACAUCCAAAACAGCUAACCAUGAUGAUACUCUGCAUGACGUGUUGUCACCAGCUCAGAAAUGUACCUCUCUCGCUGGGACUUUGAACACAACCAAGCCGGCUUCAAUUGCUUAUCAACCCCCAUUUCCAAACACACCUGAAAAGAUCAUAGGGUCCCAUACUAGCACAGGUAGCAAGGUUUCCUGUGUCCGCUCUUCACCAAUGUCAUCCAUCGCUAGCAGUACUGUGUUUGAAGUUGUGGACAGUGAGGAGGAAGGAGCAGUGGCCGAGCCCCAGGCCGACACCAGCGCAUGCAGCUUCCAGAUGGAUUAUGAUGAGCCACCUAUUCCUGUAGAAGAGGAUUUGUGGCUAAAUGUACAGGAGAGUCCUGCCAGGACUUACUCUUCCCCAGAUCGUAAUGUGUCAUUGCACAUCAACGUAACACCCACCAAGACCCCAGGAUCUUCUUGCAGCACAUCUGCACUACAGGAAAGAGACAGUGAGCCUGAUAACAGAGAGGACUCUCCUCGCACUGCAGCUUCGCAGAGCAAGCAAUCGAGCUACCUCAACUCUAAGCUGUGGGAUGAGUGGGAGGAUGAAGAGUCUGAUCUGCCUGCUGUUCUGCCAUUAUCACAGCGACUCAACAAAGUCCCAGAUGUGCAGAAGUUGCUGAGGACACCAGUUUCUAUUGUGCGCAAGAGAGAACUGCCUCCCAAGGUUGCUAUCACUCCACUACCUGAAUAUUCAGACAUGGACACCCCAGUCUUAAAGAAGGAAUUAAACAGGUUCGGGGUGAGAGCUCUUCCCAAGAAACGGAUGGUGCUGAAGCUGAAAGAAAUAUUCAGCUACACACAUCAGGUCAUGAGCUCUGAUUCUGAUGAUGACAUCUCCUCAUCUCAGCCCAGCCACCGAAACAAAAUCGGCGCAGUCCCGGGUCAGCGCCUGCCUGCGUCCAGCAAACAAAGAGCUCAAGCCACCGCUACAACCACCAGCAUUUCCCUGACGCAGACCGGGAAGACGACAACAACUGUGUGUGCUGCACAGGAAUCCGAGAGUGGAGAUGAACAGCCACCAACUGCAUCACAGGAGUCUACAACAUCUUCUGUGGCUGCAAGUGACACCUCUUCCAUAUCCCACAGUUCCAACACCAACGAGUUUGAGACCGCGUUUGCAGAUGAAGAUGAGGAGGAGCCAGUGCCGGCCUCUCAAGCGGCCAACAAAGAGAUAGUGACAGCUGAGGCGGUGAGGAAUUUUAUAGAGAAUCGUCCUGAUUUACAUAAGCAAAUCUUGCUCUAUCAACCUCUGGACCUGGCAGCCCUUCACGCUGAGCUUAAGCAGAGCGGGAUUAAGAUAGCUGCUGGGAAGCUAUUGGACUUUCUCGAUGCGCACUGCGUGACUUUCACAACGGCCACCGCACGCAAAGAGAAGAUGAGCCGCAGAAGGAAGAAAGCAGGAAAGCGAUACUGAGUUGUGGUAUAGCGUCA